GCCCGGAUAAUAACACACAUGGAAUUGCCAUUCCGUUUAUCCAAUGCGUGAAAGUGAUAGGCAACCAACCGUCGGUAUUCACUGAGGAGUAUUUCUUUAUUUUCAUGAAAUAUAUAGAAAAAGCUGUUGCCAUGACGACAGACGAGGCGACAGAGCGACAGCAGCAAAAGAAGCCCAGCCAGCAGGAGGCAGAGCAGCAUCAGGCCACGCCCCCUGACCACGGGCCCUCUGAGUCCCAGGCUUCCAGCACUCCCGUCACCUCGCCCCUAAGCCCCGGCCCGCCCUCCUCACCCCAGGAGGAGGUGCAGCUGAGACCCCGCCAGCGCACCUCGGCCGACCGUGGCCUCUCGCGACUCUUCUCCUCUUUCCUGAAGAGGAGGUCUCAGUGCGAGGGGGACGGGGGAGAGAAGGGGGAGAAAGGAGGGGACGGGGGAGAAGCCAAGGCGCCCAUCGCUGACUGUGAGCCGGAGCUCAGGAUCGAGGGGGAUCAGAACCUCGACCUGCACUCACUCAGCAGCAACGAGGCUCAGCCUGUCCAGGUAGACCAGAAGGAAGGCCCUGAGAAAGACUCAGAGGACGAGGGGGGAGAGAAAGACAAGGAGAAAAGAGAAGAGGACAGUGCCCAGGAGAAGGAGAAAAAGGAGGAGGACCCUGAGGGAGAGGGAGAAGGAAGAGAGGGCGAGGAGGGGGAGGGAGAGAAAGAGUUAAAGGAGAAGAUAGCAGAAGAAGACGCUCAAACUCCUAAGCCUCCCCGUCGACCCAGGAUCAUGCAAAUUAAAGUUACACUGCUGGACGACACUCUGUAUGAGUGUGAGCUGGAUAAACAUGCCAAAGGUGUGGAGCUGUUCACCAAGGUGUGUGACCACCUCAACCUGCUGGAGAGAGACUACUACGGUCUGGCCAUCUGGGAGUCGCCCUCCAUGAAGACCUGGAUGGAUUUCACCAAGGAGAUCCGCAGGCAGGUUCAAGGUGCAAAGUUAGACAAGAUCUGUGCAGACGCACAAUCAUGUACAGGCAUCAAUUAUGACUUUACCUUCAAUGUGAAGUUCUAUCCACCUGACCCAGCCCAGCUUUCUGAAGACAUCACCAGGUACUACCUGUGUCUCCAGCUACGUAAGGACAUCCUGGGGGGCCGUCUACCCUGCUCCUUUGUCACGCUGGCCCUUCUGGGUUCCUACGCACUGCAGUCCGAGCUGGGGGAGUACGACCCAGAGACACACGCACCAGACUAUGCCAAGGACCUGAGGCUGGCCCCGGGACAAACCAAGGGACUGGAGGAGAAAGUCAUGGAGCUGCAUAAGACAUACAGGUCGAUGAGUCCAGCACAGGCAGACAUGGCCUUUCUGGAGAACGCCAAGAAACUAGCCAUGUACGGAGUGGACCUGCACCAGGCCAAGGAUCUAGAUGGAGUGGACAUCAUGCUGGGUGUUUGUUCUGGGGGUUUGAUGGUCUACAAGGACAAGUUGAGGAUCAACCGGUUCCCCUGGCCUAAAGUCCUCAAGGUCUCCUACAAACGCAGCAGCUUCUUCAUCAAGAUACGCCCCUCAGAGCAGCUGGAGCAUUACGAAAGCGCCAUUGGUUUCAAACUGCCAAACUACAAGGCCUCCAAGAAGCUGUGGAAGGUUUGUGUGGAGCAUCACACCUUUUUCAGGUUGACCUCUACUGAGGUGGCUACCACUCCCAGGAAGUUCCUAGUGCUGGGUUCUAAGUUCCGCUACAGUGGGCGGACCCAGGCCCAGACCCGCCAGGCCAGCUCUAUGAUUGACAGGCCAGCCCCCCUAUUCCAACGCUCGGCCAGCAAGAGGAACUCACGCAGCAUGGACGAAGCCAUGGUGUCCACUCCAGACAAGAGCACUCGUCCUGUCAGUGCUCCCAUCAUGUCCCCUAUCUCUCCCGGGGAUAUCGCACCGUCCCCUGUGACCUCGGGCCUGCCCCGCGGUGAGCGGCGAGAAGCCUCCACCCCCACGGUUCGCAAGUCCCGCUCAGCAGAGAGGAAAACCAAAGAAGAGGCCAAGGUGGAGAGCAAGGUGACAGAGGUCUCCAAGACACAGAGCUCCAGACCACAGUCCACCCCAGAGUUCAAGAGGGAGGGAGCCAGGAGGAGUAGGCAUCAUGCCCCUGCAGUCACCACCACCACCAACGGGACAGAGAGAGAGAGAAAGAGCCAGCAUUCGUCCCGAGAGAGAACCGACAUGGAGACGGUGCGAGUGAGGAAGGACCUGGAUAAGACUCAGGCAGAGAUUUUGCGUCACCACACCAGUAUCAGUGAGCUGAAGAGAAGCUUCAUGGAGUCUGUUCCGGAGCCGCGGCAGAGCGAGUGGGACAAACGCCUGUCCACCCACUCACCCUUCCGCACGGCCAGCAUCAACGGACAGCUACAGUCCGGCACUGACGGGGUGAGGACGGCCUCCCUAUCACCUGCAUACAGAGUAGUUGGUGGCGUAUCAGAGAUAAAGCCUAACGUGGUGAAAACACAGACAAUCACCAUCUCAGACGUGUCUAACUCCCUGCGAGGAGACGUCUCUAACAAGGAGGUCCCCAUCGUGCACACUGAGACCAAGACCAUUACCUACGAGUCAGCGCAGUGUCUCCUUCAGCCCGUAGACAACCAGGCAGAAAGGGACUCUGGAGUGCUGCUGAGUGCCCAGACCAUCACCUCAGAGACAGUCAGUACAACCACCACCACUCAGAUCACCAAGACGGUGAAAGGAGGCAUCUCAGAGACUCGCAUUGAGAAGAGGAUUGUGAUAACUGGAGACACAGAGAUUGAUCACGACAAGGCUCUGGCCCAGGCCAUCAAGGAGGCGAAGGAGCAGCACCCGGACAUGUCUGUGACCAAAGUGGUGGUGCACCAGGAAACAGAGAUCACCCCCGAUUAGCCCCAGGCUCACCUCUCCUAUGACCAGCUGGGGGCCAAAACUACCACGGCGCCUGAGGAAGGUGAACUCACACACAUCCCCCGCCCGCCCUGACCUUCUCUGCUUGUUUCACCGCCGUUCCUGCUUGUUUACCUCAGAGACCCCCCCACCCCCACCUUGGGAACAGACACCAGACACACACACCACACCAGACUGGACCGGUCCAACCUGCCAGAGAGAACAAGCUUCACUUUUCAACUAUGAACUUUGAACCUCCCAACCAAUGGAGUUCAACUGAAGGAAAAGGGAACAAACAGAACUCUCCAAAAAAACUCCCAGAAUUCCCUAGGACUAACCACAAUCCCUCUCUCUCUCUCUCUCUCUCUCUCUCUUUCACUCUCUUCCACUCCACUGCCAAAUCCCGAACAACCAAACUGGAUUUUUGUAAACAAUAAAAAUGUUGAAAUAAAGUAUUAGAAUUUUUUUCCUCUUUCUCCAUUUUGUCUGGAGAUUUUAACAAGAAUUUUCAAAGGACAUUUGGUCUUUAAAUUGUGUAGAGAUUGCAGGGACUUUGUUCAUAUUUUUCUAAGACUUUUCUUAUUGCCGUAAUUGGAAAAUCAACUUUGAAGGGACUUUUAUUCUGUAGUGGGAUGAUAGCAAGGGAUUUUGGGUGAUUUUUCUGCGACUCUUCAACCAUCGUGAUACGAGAAUCCCUCUUCAAAUCAAACUUUACAACCAAGUUUGGUUUCAUCUCUUGUACAGUACAAAAAGUUAUAUUUUCCCUCUCAAUGUGAAAAGUUUUUUUUAAAUUUAAGUGUUGAAAAUAUUUUAUUUCAUCCAAACUUUUUGGGGGCCCUAUUUAAGUCUUUGUCGUCUUUUGAAGAUAUGACUUCAUUAUCUAUUCGUCUGGAGGAUUUUCACAUCUUUUUUGACUGUUUUAGGUUGUCUUUGUUGUUGUAGUUACACUGGGGGAGGGGGGAAAGGGGGGCUUCAUCAGGACUGAAGGGAGAGAAGCAGUGUAUUGACAUUACAUUUAUUAUAUCAUUGACAUCCUCUUUUAUUUCUGUGUAUUCAUCCAUCAUUUUAGAUCACCCUGACUUUACAGGUUUGUAGUUAGAUGUUUUCACACAGCAUUCCAAUCACCAGCUACAUAACAGUCAUUCAUUUAUACUGGGCAUGGCAGAGCAGUAGAGGCAACUUUACAAUGUCUUGCAUUAAUUUACCUGUAUUUCUACUUUUCUACCAAAGGGGGCAGUGUUUACUCAUUUAGAGAGAUGGACCACCACGCAGAACAAGUCAGUUGGAGAACACUUCACGCUAAAGGCCAAAAAUGUUUAAUUGGGGUUGAUUCGAGAGUCAAUGUUAAAGGCCCAAUGCUGUCAAAAAAAUGUGCUUUUUCUGUGUUUUAUAUUUCCACUCAAUGAGGUUGGAAUACUACUGUGAAAUUGUGAAAAUGAUGAUAAUGCCCUUUUAGUGUUUGAGCAGCCCAACUGAAAUUUCAACCUGUUUUGGUGGGAUGGAGUUUUGGCUUCAUCAGUCAGUUAAUUAGAGUUCCAAACCUCUCAGCCAAUAACAACUCGUUUCCAUUUCCCUCCUCCCAACUCAGGCCACUCCCAGACAGCCCUAGCAAAAAUGAUUGUUUGAGAAUUUGCUCUUUGCUAAGAAGCUAUUUUUGUUUAUUUUUUACCAUUUUAAUUUAAAAAACAAUCACAGUAAGGUAUUGCUACCCAGAAAGUAUGUGAUAUUGAGAUAAACAUAUAUAUUUUUUUAAAGAGCUUAAAAAGUAAACAGAAAGUCUCAAUUGGGGAUUUUGGGAACACAUUCCCUCUGGUAGCCUCUUUGGUGUUCUCCUUUUAGAAGACUACUAGUUACGUCAGCACAAAAAGGAAGUUAUUGUUAUCCUUAUCGGUUUACUCCCAUGCCUUUUAUCUGUGAAGAAUACACAUUUAAUUGAUCCUCCUGUGACGUACACACUGUCCCUUUAAGUAACAACCCAAUAUGUAAGCAAAGAGUACAGGACACAUAGUUUUUAAAUGUUUUGGUCUAGUUUAAAAACAUGAUGUUGUUUUAGGACACAUAAUAUUACAAUGUUCAAUAUCCAAUGUGUUGUAGUUCUUUCAGUGUGUUGUUUCUUCACCUUCCUCUUCUUCUUCUUCUUCUUCUUCUUCAUUGUGGCACUCUCUUUUCUACAUUGGUGAUAGACGGAGACUAGGAAGAACCAGCAAGCCUAUACAUCUAAAGUUCAUGUUUAUUUUGUCAUAGUGAUAUAUAUAUCUCUCUCUCUCCUUCUGUCUCUCUCUCUCCCUCUGUCUCUCUCUCCCCCUCUGUCUCUCUCUCUCUCUGUUUCCCUCACUGUUAGAGAUAAUAUGUAAUAAAACAGCAUCACUAAAUAAACACAAAUGUAGACACACCUUA